AUGGAGGCUGGCGAGGAUGGGAGCGAGCUGAUAGGUCAGCUCGCCGCGCUGAUGGAGCAGCUCACCAGGGGUGGCGGGCUGGAGGGGAUCCCGCAGGAGCUGGUCGAGGCCCAGCGCGCGGACCGACGACGGCAAAAGGAGAUUGAAGAUCGGCGAGUCGCCGAGGCCGCAUCGGCUGCGGCGAACGCGCCUCCAGAGAGGGUUUGGUUGGAUGCUGUGAUGCCGUCGAUCUCGUGCCUGUCUUGCAUUGAUGAGAUGCUCCAUACUGGCGAGGAUCUUUGCCCCCGGUGUCGACGCGAGGGACGAACCGGCGGCGGGGAUCUACCCCUCGUUGUUAAAGUCGCGGUGCUCUACCAAGCUGCCGACUGGAACAGGAGAGAAACCAUCUCGAGGAUCCUGGAGACGGACGUGGAUGUCGACCAGGUUUCGGCGCAGGAUGGUGAUGGUCGCACGGCAUUGAUGGUCGCCGCCUCGUCCGGUUCCUUGGACGCUUGCCGCGAGCUGAUUCGGCGCGGAGCCUCGGCGCGUGCGAUGGACGCCGAGGGGUUGACGCCGCUUCUGCACGCGUGUUGGGGAAGAAGUCCUGGUUGCGUCAAGGAACUGCUCGAGAGCGCGGGCGCUGACCCGAAUCAGGCGGACUUUUGCGGCGAGACCCCUGUGAUGGUAGCCGCACGGCUCGGCGAUGUGGAGUCGCUCAACUUGCUCAUAUCGCACGGUUGCGAUCUCAGCCUGCGAGAUGAAAAUGACUGGGACGCUCUCGGGAAAGCGAAGGCCAGGGGCGGAGGGGACCGGGGAUGA